ACAAACAUAUACCCUAGCCAGGUGAAAGAACUGAAAGUCGACCAAGUCGGUCGUCAUUCGUCUUCAAAAAUUUUUCAGCGCAAGAAGAAACAAGCACAACAUAAAAACACACACGGACAGCGCACGUUUUUCGAACAUGUGGCGCGCUUUAUCCACAAUCGUAUGUGAUGAUAUUCAAUCCUGUAUGAUAAAAACUUACUCUUCUCGUAUAAAUCCUUAUGAACGUAGAGGAUCGGAUCAGGUGGCAUGCGAGCAACUUUUAUUAAUGUUUGCUAGUCGUCACCUGCCUUAUCGUUUGUAAGAAAACCUUACUAUCAGUGUCGCCGAAAUAAAGGUGUUUGUAUGUCUUGUCGAGUUUUGUGCCACGCGUUCGUUGUGGCACCAUUUGUAGGCUCUUUCACUUUAUUCCCAUCCUCUAGGCGUUUCGUGCGGUUGUCGUCGAGCUUCCACGAGCGCCUCUCGUUUGAGCUUACAUGUUUCGCAGGAUGUCGCACGCGGUGGCCGAGGAAGAAGCAGCGCUUUGCCCGGCGCCAGCUGGGGAGCCGCGAAGCAAGCCGUCUACCUUCUCAGAACACGUGUCAGCCGCCAUCGGUGCCCGCUCGUACAUCUGGACUUUUACAGCCAUCGCCGGCAUCCUGGUCGUCUCUUCCAUGAUGGCGACGUCGGCGAGGCGCGACGUCGGUGGCGCCGCCCCGCAGUUGGCGGCGCACGCGCACCGGGCAUCGGCGGGCGACGCCGACGUCCGCCUCGCGGCGCCGCUUUCGCCCACCAGUGGGCGCCAGAGCGGCGGCGUGGGGCAGCCGAUGAACUCGGGGCACGCCGGGUCUCUCGUGCGUCCCGGCGCUGGACGCGUUCGUAAGGGGACAGCGCGGCGAUCGCCUCUGUCAGCCGAGGACCGCCAGCUGAACGCGGCCGGCGCGGAGACAGGCGAGCCCGAAUACAUUCGCCAGGUGGACGGCUGCCGUUCGACCGUGUGCCGCUGGCAGGGCGAGUACUUGGGGGGCAAGCUGGACGAGACGGUCGACCCGUGCAUGGACUUCUACAGCUACGCGUGUCCCAGCCGCUGGUUCCAUCAGGACACCCUCGCCGCCAUGCCCUACAGACUCUACGCGGCGGGACAGCUCAUGUACCGCCUGGAAAACAUGUUCCACGAGUUCCACCAAGCAGAUGCGAGCGCGGACGCGAGCAGCCGCAACGCCAGCUUCAUGUCGCGCGCCUCGGACUUCUUCCUGCGCUGCGUCUCAAAGGAGCGGAGCCGAGGACCGUGGCCGGACCUCGAGGACCUCUUCCGUCACUAUGGUCUCGAGCGCUACCCGUACGAAGCAUCGCACGAGGGUACGUCGUCGCUCAUUGUGCCCAACCUGACCCGCGUUGCGGGGAUGCUGGACCGGGAGCUCGGCAUGGCGGCCAUCUUCCGACCAUCGCUGACCACUGCGCGUCGCCGCAGACAAGCCAAGAGUGUGGUGCUCUUCCUGGAUCCGCCUGAGUCGACGCCUUCCCUUCGCCUCCAAGGCGUCCUGGGCAAGCCCGACAAGGACUCACUGCUGCAGAAGAUCCUCGCCGGCUUCGCUCUGGUCAAGGCACUGCCUCGAAAACUGGAGGAAGAAGCUGCGCAGGUGCUGGCGAUCGACCACGAACUCUCUGCCAUCAUUCAAGCGGGCAGCGUCGCGUCUUCUCCGGAACACUCGACGGUGGCCACUACCGGCACUGGUCCCGUUCGCCAUGCCGCUCUUAUCAACGUUAGCACACUAGCCAGCAAUUACGGCAACAAGGCAUGGUCGUGGGAUGAGUACGCACGCAUUCUGCUGGGCGACAUCGUCUUCGGGAAGAAUGCCUCAAAGGAGCCGCGCGUUCUUGUUCAGGUCGACAGCCCCGAACAACUGGGACAACUGUCGGCGCUGCUCGUCAACCACGAGGCGACCGCGAUGCUCAACUACGUGGCCUUCUCACUGGCCGUCUUUUUGUCGCCUGCUUUGCCGCACGGUGGAACUGCGCAGGAGCUGCUCACUCUGAGCCACGGGGAGCACGUGCCUCAGGUGCCCGAAGAGUUGCAGGCGUGCGUUCACCUGCUGGCCAGAACCUACCGCUUCGGCGCCCUCUCCCUCGCCCGCCAGGCGGUCAGCCGUGACACCAGCGAUGGGAGCAACUACAAGUACGAGGGCGAUAUGCGCGCCCUGGUGGACGCAGCGCGGGAGCAGGUGUCCGCCCUGCUGCGCAACCGUACGGGCUGGAUGACGGCCACCGAGCUGUGGGCGGCGCUGCAGAGACUCGACGCAUUGCGGGUGGUCUUCCUCGGAGAGCCUGAGGACAGCACGGAGCACCUGUCGCGGUACUACGGAGCUGCGCUGUCCGGCAUCGGCCCGGGGCGAUCGCUGGCGCGGGCGCACGGCUCGGCGACGGCAAGUGCGCUUUUGCGCGCUUCACUCGGCCGCUGA